AUGAUUCCACAGACUCCUUCGCUGACUGUCCCUCCAGAUAGUUCUGCGCAGCAGCUGUUGCAGCUCGGGAAGCCCUUCGUCGAGUUUCCCCGUUUCAGCAUCCUCUCUCUACAGGCAGAGAAAGACCAGAACGGCAACCCUCUUCCCUUCUCUGAGUGGCUUACCAGACGCCUCCAACUAGGACAGCCUUUUGUCAUUGCCGAAUUUGACAAACUCGACACUUGGCCAGGCUCGGAUCCUCAGAAUGGCGACCAGCCGAGUUUCAGCAUCGAAAGGCUGAUCGAACUGAGCACCAAGAAAAACAUUCCCAUCCGAAAUUGCAGUACUGGUCGGGACCUGUCGUUCACGCUCAAGAAGUUUGCCGACAGCGCCAGGCAGUCAUUUCCCGAAUUCCAGAACCUCUACGCCAGAGACUUACAAUGUCCGCAUGAAUGGCUCGAACAAUGUCGUCGGAUCUUGCCCACAGAGGUUCAAUGGGGCGGGCGGUUGGACCUCUUCCAGUGGCUGCCACAGUGUGCGAGGAGUGAAGUCAUGAUGGCCUACGUUGGAAGCGAAGGGAGCAGCUCAGGGUUCCAUCGAUGCUUCUCGAGCACGGUCGCCUUGAACUUACUUGUCGAGUCGGACGACCGUCCUGUGGUGUGCAUUGGCACUGACUUUGACUCGCAGAAGAAAUAUGACGCCUUCAUAUCUUCUCGUGGCGCGUCGCCCCAUUUAGACUGGCUAAACCUGGGGUCGGAGGAGCUCUUGAAAGCCGACUUCCCCCUGUAUGCCUACGAUCAACGAGUCGGCGACCUUGUCGUCUUCCCUCCUGCCACGGCCCACCAGAUCUGGAAUCCUGCCACGCUUUCGGCCAAGCUUGUCUGGAACAUCCUACAUCCGCUAUCACUUGAGGUGGGAUUUGAAUACGUCCAAGCACCUUUCAACCGCCUCUGCCAUCCUGAUGUGGCUCGAACCAGCCUCUCCCUGGCAUGUGCUAUGCUAUCUCUGGUCCAGGACAACCAGACAGUGAGGAGCUCUCCACUUCCGCUUCCGCCAGAUCUACCUCUCCUCUCUCGCUUGUUUCGUCAAAUGGUCCAUGACGAAUCCAUAAUCGACUCUGAUCCUGUCACACCAGUGACUUUGGUGCCCAUUCAGCAAGGGACAAUUGCGACUUGUAACUUUUGCAGCACGGCUAUCUGGAAUCGGCACGUGCGAUGUACUCAAUGUGUCGAUUUCGAUCUCUGUCUCCUUUGUUAUCUCAAUGGCCGAUCUUGCGAUCAUUCCCAAUCCUACGCAUGGGCAGAGCUGGUGUCAGCGGAACAAUGCACGAGGGUUCUCAAUCGGGCUCGGGAGAUUCUAGGAUUCCAGCCAGAAGAGCCGCGCACACUCGACAAGCGCAAGACCUUGGGGACGGCGGUCAAUGAUCUGAUGCGCGCCAAAACCUCAACCACCAGUAGACUGUGCCAUCUCUGCCGGAUCGAUCACCAAGAAUGGAAAGGGCGGCGUUGCGACAAGUGUACUGCCUUUUUCUGUUAUCGAGGCUUGUUCCGACAUUUUGAUGAGUAUCCCUCGGAAGUUUUGCGGCACAAGGAGCUGUGGACUUGUCCCAAGUGCACAGAAACUUGCAACUGUCGAUGUUGCCAUUUUGUGACAGCGUACGUCAAAAGCGAAAAGCCUGCGAGUAAGCGAAGAGUGAAAGCUGCCGACCCUCGUGGGAAGGUCAUGGGCUUCGCAGACAAUGUAUUUGAUCAAAAGCGUGGAGGGCGGCGAGAAUCCAGCCACAGUGGCUUUGGGGCCGGAAAUUUGCCCAGCGUCGCCCAGAUCACAGGCAAGAAGCGGGCAAUAUCUACUUCGGCAGAUCCUGGACCAGCGACCCCGCUGAGAAAGAUGGAGUUACCAACACCCGAACCUGACUUCUCCGGUAGCAGGCUGGCGUUUUCGAGAGAAGGCUCCGAGUUUUUGACGGAUGGGCCUUUCGGAGGCGUCAACGGGACGCGGCCCGCACUACUACCGAGUAUGAAGACAUUCCCCGACAUGGUCAGUCCCACCGAUGAGAGGCAUUCCCGAGUGAGUAGCUCGCCUGGCAUUGCAUCUCUUGCCUCGGCAGCGAUCGGCUCGAGUCGUAUAACAUCUAACAUGCAGAACAAUACUCUUCCACCGAUGCUUGGACAUCCUCCUGCUACCAACGGCAUGUACCUCCCACAGCACACUUCCAACGGCAGUUUUGGCACUCCGUCGUCUUCCGCCCCAACUGCAUCUCCUACGAAGACUGUUACAUGCUCGGACGAGACUGAAGCUCAAGCUGCUGCGCUGGACGCGUCCAUAGCAGAAUUGGAAGCGCAGCUGGUCAAACUCAAAAAGUAUGAAGGAGAGUUCAUCGCUUUGAAUCUUGACGAUAGUCGGAAGAUGCUAGCAAGCCAAAUGGCGGAGAUAGAGGGCCAGAUCAAGGGAAAGAAGUGGGAGAAGGGCCUCCUUCUUAGUGAGAGGUUGAAGAAGGAAGGAUUUGGUGGGCUGGCGGCUGUGGUGCGCAGAGAAGUUGGGAUCGGGUCUUGA